AUUUAUUAGCCUCACUUCACAUAAAUAUUUUCCGUGAUAUUAAAUUAUUUAUUAAAUGAAGAUAACAAUAAUUAACAUUCAUAUAUUUCACAUGUUAAUUAUUUAUUUAAAUGUCAGUUAAUGCUAAAUUUAAUUUUUAAUUUAAAUCCAGCGUCAAUAUAUUUACUGACUCAUUUAUUCAGAUAAUUAAUUGAUGGGAUAAAUUAUGAACUCCAAGGAUACAAAUAACAAAGAAGGUGAAGUGGAAAUAGAACUAGAGGAAUCAAUUGGCACAAGUACUGGCAAUGUAACGUCUGAUGCUGAAAAAAAUUGCAAAGCAAAAAUUCAAAAUGGGAUAUUAUCCAAUGGGACAUCAUCGAAAAUGGACAACGACAAAGAAACAUUUCAAUAUAAAUACACAAGUACAAACAUACCCAGUCCGCAUUCUCUAUCAAUAAUCAGUAAUUCAAAUUCAAAUUCAAAUGUUGAAUCAAAUUUACCACCAGUAUGUACUAACGGUUGUCAACCAGUGGCAACUGGGAGCUUGUCAUCGUCAUUAUUACCGGGAUUAAAUGACAGCGACACCCCAGAUGAUCCAGACAUGAUAAAUAAUGUCGACUAUAAUUGUGGUAUCAAUAAGUGCCCAGCAAAAGUGUCAUGUAAUUCUAGUAAUGAGCUUGGAGCAACGUGGUCUAAUUCCUUGAAUAAUAUUUCGAGUAUCGGUUCAACAAGUCAAGGUACUUGUUGCUUUUUACGACCUAACAUAAAUGGUACGAGAGAGGUCGCUGGACCCAGUGGAUUGUCUAGGCGUGAGAAUAAUGACAGAAGAGAUUCUAGUUCAGGAAAUGAAGGUGAUGAUUUUUCUGAUGGUGAAGAUUAUUGCAUAUACACGUACAAAGGUAAUGACGAAGCUGUUGCUGACGAAAGGCAUCGAGGCAAUGGACUUCUAGAGAAUCAAGAAGCUGGUGGACAACAAUCUAGUGGAAGAUCAAGUCCAGAGAUGGAUUUUUUGGAAAUGGAUUUCGACCCUGGACCUUCUUGUGAACAGGAUACUGGAGACAGUGAUUUGGCGUCGAUCAAUGAAGACAUACAGAAUAUUGCGCUGGAUAAUGCAGAGGCCGAUUCUGUUUUUCUGAAUGACUUGAGCGGCGGAAAACUACAGAGGCCAAGUGAGUCCUCACCUCAGCCUCAGAAUGAACAGAAUGUCAGCGUUGAAUUGGAGAUACAAGACAAUGUACCUUUGGAUAAACCUUCUACUAGUAAUUCAAAUCAUAAUCAAGUUGCCCAAUGUCUACCUAGUACCAGUUCGGGAAUAAGAAAAGUUGGCACCAGUCUAUAUAACCAUGCCGGAAUUCCCACAAGAGAAUCACACGGUUAUCAUAACACAAGUGGUGAUUUAAUUUCACCAGGUGAUAAUAGAGAUACUGAUUCCGAAUUGUGGGCUGACGCAGCAGCUAUACCACUACCGGAAAACUCAACUGUCAAUUGGUUAAAAGUUAACUUGAGUUCAACUCUGUGGCAUAGAAUGAUGGCAAAAAAAUUGAUGCUUCAUAAACAAACGGCAUUCAAUCAAAGCGGGGAAUCUAAUUUGGAAAGUGACUUGUGUAAUGACAAAUUAGAUGAUUUGCAACCGGUUGAGAGAGUAAUGCUCUGGAACGAACAAGAAGCGGCUGCAAAACAAGUUACGCAGAUUGCAACUUCUGCUUGCGGUGCCACAUCAGCCAUUAAUGCCCUUCUCGCGUUAGACGUGCCAUUUUCACCGGAAGUGUUGGUAAAAGGCGUCUCGACGAGACUUCGGGAACCAGGAACUCCAUUACCGCGGUAUCUAUUAAGUCGAUCGCGAGCAGGAGCAACUCAUAAAGAUCUUAUUCGUGGUAUUUCUCUGGCGACUAAUGGCGCAGUGAUAACUAAAUUUUUUUCCUUCUAUCCAGAACGAGCGAUUUCGCUUUCACAUUGGCUUCAUUACUGGAUUUCCCGAGGCGCGGUACCAAUAGCGACAUUGAAUUUACAAAAUUGUAGUAAGGAAUCUAAAAUACCAGAUGCUUGGCAUCAUCAAAUGAUUUUCGGAGUAAGUCAAGCUGGCAUUUACUUUACAAAUCCAUUAGAAUGUCUUCCUGAGCAACUUGUGUGGCAUCAAUUAGUAAGUCCGAGUGUUUUAUUAGUGCGUCGAGAUGACGUUCUAGCACAUUGGAACCCAUCAACAGAUUUAACACCGCUCCAAAAUAUGGAUCAUCGUUGGCGAAGGCUUAACGUCCUUGGUCAAGUGGUGAAUAUAAUUCGAGAAUCUUCAGGCCAGAGACCUCAACCAACAACAGGAACAUUUAGUGCCACCCAUAUCCGUAUUCCUGCGUCAUAUCAAUCUGGUAUUACUCUCGUAAUGCGAUCAGACGCAGCUGCAGCCGACGAACUACUUCACGCAGAGGAAUUACCACUACUCUAGUCUCAUCAUAAACAAAAAGACAAGAUAAUUAUGACAGAAGCUACGAAAUAAACGAAAGAGAUAAAUAAAUAGUGUUGGUAUCAUUAAACACUACACGACUGUAUGUAAUGAUUGUAAUUAAAUAGCAACGAGGACUGCACAAAUUAAUCAGUCUUGAGCUCAUAAAGUUUUUUUUUAUUUUUGGCUAAGGGAUGUUUCAACUAAUGGAAUAAACGUAACUAUAACUUAAAAUCCUUGCAAUAGGUAAUAAUAAUUAGACAUUAUAAAAUAGAGUCUCCCUGCCUCGCGGACUAAGCUGUUGAAAUAAAGUCGUGGGCUGGUGUAUAGUUUUUCAGUUUUAUAUAACUGAAUUUUAUAUAGUGUUCACUAUUUAUUAACUCAGGUUCUUCAACGAAAAAUAAUAACAUUCAAUUACUUUAUUUUUAUUAAUUAUUUUCUCUUCGUCUUCGACAUUUGUUUAAAUUUUAUAUUUUAAAAAAAAACUUCAUCUUUGUCAAGCUUUUUUUUUUUAACUUUUAAUUGGCGGUUUUUA